AGUCUUUACUCUUUAGAGUUGAGAAGAGAAAAGAACAGACGAGACGAGAAAGAGCUUGGUGAUCCUUCAAUGGCGGACGAAGAAAAGCCAUUGAGGAAGAUGGCUGAGGCUUUUAAAAACCUAUCCAACUCCAUCAUCACUUCGCAAUCACCUGAAGAAGCUCAGCUAGAAGUCGGCGCAUUCUCUCGCGCCAGUUCACUCGUCUCCCCUCUCUUCCGCUGCCUCGGCAUCGCCUUCAAGUUCGCCGAGCUCGACUAUGUCGCCAAGGUUGAUGAUCUCGCAGAGGCAUCAAAGUCGAUUUCAACAUUAAGAGCAAUGAUGGACUUAGAUAUUGACAGAAAUUGUGUGAGAAGAGCUGGCAGUCAUACAAGGAAUCUGCUAAGAGUGAAGCGCGGGAUAGAUAUGGUUAAAGUUUUGUUUGAGCAAAUUCUGGCCACUGGAGGAAACUCUCUGAAGGAUCCAGCUUCAAAUGCGUAUGAGCAGGUGUUUGCUCCUUACCAUGGAUGGGUAAUAAGGAAAGCUGUAGCUGCAGGAAUGUAUGCUCUUCCCACCAAGGCACAGCUGUUAAACAAGCUCAAUGAAGAUGAAGCCUCUGCGAAGAUUCACAUGGAAUGUUAUGUUGCCUCGGCAGCUCCCAUCGUCACCUACAUUGACAAGCUUUUCAUUUCAAAAGAAUUGGGCAUAGACUGGUGAAUAUGGAAGAAAUACAGACUGAUCACAUCAUCAUCAAUCAGCUCAAUGUCUACUGCUCCGUAUUUAACUCUAUGUACACCUUGUGCAUUUGUUGUGUAGUAACUCAGAAUUAAUUAUUUCUAAAUUUAAUGCUGAAACUUUACACAAAGUUAACAACUUUGAAUCCCUCUACCAUCUAGCUUUGGAUAGACUAAGGUGGUUAUGUUUGUGUAGUUGAGGGACCAACAGUGACAAGCUUUAUUUUUUCUUAGUUCUGGAGAGAAUCCAUAAUAGUUGCUAACUUUGUUGAAGAGUGUUAGAGAGUUGGAACCAUAAAAGGAAAAUAUCCUUCUUUUUGUGUUUUAAGUCUUGGACUAAUAAAUGUGUUCUUGUA